AUGAGCAUUUUUCUUGCCCCAAGCAAUCGCUAAUUAUAUUUGGUAUUCUGCAUUUAAAGUUUGAAGGGUCAAAAAUAAAACCUGCUUUCCUACAAAAACUUUGAGAUCUUUAGCAAAGGUUCUCACCAUCACAUUAUUCUAAAGUAGGAAUAGUCCAUCCUAUUAUGUUAUUAAAAAUUAAUCCUAAAUAAUUACCUAAAGAAGUCCUCUGGGAACCAAAAUUAGCAUCUUAUUAAUUAUCUUAUUUGUUACAUAACUAAGAUUAACUUAAACAAAUGUUUGUAGGAUCCUGACAUACAUUUGAGCCUUUUGAAAUCUAAGUCCAUCCUAAUUCUUUACAGAUAAAUUUAUCUGUACUGCAUCCAUAUUGAGAUUAUUCUGUUGCGUUAUCGCAAGCUGAAUGAGGAGGAAACAAGCACCUAGAAGUAGACUAUAUCAAGUCAUACUUAGAUAUACAUGCUUGAGGGCAGUAAUUGUAUGUAUCAGAUUUAUAGUUAAUGCAAUCAGUUAUCGACAAAUUUAUGUAGCAUUUACCUAAAGAAUUUAAUGCAGAAUAUCCAAAGGCACCUAUCUCAGUUGAGCUAACUUACAAACAAAAACUAUUAUUAGUUUAGCAGUUAUAAUUUUAAUGACAAUUAAAAGUACAAGUCUAUGUGUCGCUAUUAUAAAUAAAAUUAAAUUGUUAAACACAAAGGCUAUUUGGUCCAUUACAAUAAGUAGCAUAAUUUGCAGGUUAUAAACAAUCUCUUGCUUCGAGCUUUCUACAAGUACCAUCACCACGAUCUAUAAACCCAUAACUUCUACAGAUAGAAUCAAUAUAAAAAGAACUACAGAGAGGUUUAUCUAAACAAUUUAUUGCUUGGUCUGUUGAUACUCUAAUGCAAUUUUGUUUUUUUUUUUGUUAAUAAUAUCCUAAAGCUUAGCAAAUAGGGUUGGAAUUACAUUAUUUUAUACAGUUAAAGCUAGGUAAAUCUUAGGGUAUUUGACAGGUAAAAUCAGUUGAACUCUUUGGAACUAAAUUUCUUUCUAUAGUACAUACACUAUCUUGAAAGCAAUUCUAUUCUGCUGAAUUUAAACAUGCUGCAUAAGAAGGUUAUUAGCAUUAUCCAGUCGGGGAAGAUCUAAUAUAACCAUAAGAACUACAAGCAUUGA